AUGUCGGCCUCGUCUAGCGUCUUUGACUUUGUCGAGGAGCACGGCCGCACCUGGCACCGGUAUCACGAGGGCAAGUACAUGCUUCCCAACGACAUCCCUGAGCAGGAGAGGCUGGAUCUCGAGCACCCCGAGAGCGACGUCCUCGGUACCGACCUCAGCCCUAUCCAGCCCGAGUACGUCCCGCCCAACUGCAGGUUCGAGAUCGACGACGCCGAGGAUGACUGGGUCUUCAGUCACAAGUUCGACUACAUUCACGCCAGGUACAUGACAGGCGCCUUUCAUGUCUCCAAGUUCCCAGACAUCUUCCGCAUGUGCUACGAGAACACCAACCCCGGCGGCUGGGUCGAGUUUCAGGAUUACUAUGCCAAGUUCCAGUGCGUCGACAACUCACUGGCCGGCACUGCCCUCGAGAUGUGGAACAACUGCCUUCUCGAGGGCGUAAAGAGGAUGGGCAAAAGCGGCGUCUCGUGCGCAAAGUACAAGAGCCAGAUGAUCGACGCUGGCUUUGUCGAUGUCGUCGAGAAAAAGUUCGCCCUGCCCGGCAACCCCUGGGCGAAAGGAGAGGACCAGAAGAUGCUUGGGAGCAUGCAGAUGGAGAACAUCCUGGAUGGUAUCCACGGCAUGUCCAUAGGCCUGUUUACGAAAGUGCUGGGGAUGUCGGUCGAGGAGGUCGAGCUGAUGCUCGUCGACGUGAGGAAGGAUCUACGGAAUACCAAGAUUCACUUCUACUACAUCGUGUAA